UUUUUUGUCCUGCCGCCGGGGGCCAGAUCCAAUUUGUUGGGUGCGCUGACAAUACCACGACUUCCACCACAACGACCACCACCACCGUUUGUGUCUGCCACAAUGGGGAGCUUGAGACUUCGGGGUUCUGUGUUGGGCACGAGGCGGAAUACUGCAAGAGUUGUGACGAGAGUUAUCGCCUGCGAAUGGACUGGCCCGAGACCGGUGAACAUGGAUGCCAUCCCAUAUGCGAGGGAGUUACUUGUCCAACGCCAAACCUCACGGACAGCGCAUACUACAUAAGCAGGCUGGGUGACACCUACUGCAUUGGCCUUUCCCAAUCAGAAGCUCUGCAGGAAGGCGUUUUUCCAGAGGCCAGCUGUCUUGCCGGCUGCUGCCAGCAAGGGUGCACUAAGCCUGCUGCGGACUCAGAGCUGGAAAAGAGGUAUGUGAGUGCUUUGAGUCUUUUUUUUGGCCUUGACUUGGAUGGUGAAGUAAAUCUGCUUGAAAUGCCUUAAACCUGAUGCUGACAAACAGAAUACUAGUUUUUGGUUGCGAAAAAGCGACUUUUUUUUAUAUCACAGGGUGGAUACUGCGGCAGUAAACUGGACUCAGACGCUAGCUAGUGACGCAAUGCUUCCUCCUGUCUCCAGCGGCAACGCGAUCGCCUUUGCAGGGGCUGUCUGUGACGGGGCGCAGUUCACUGGUGAUUCGCCGCGGUUUUUUUGUCCUGCCGCCGGGGGCCAGAUCCAAUUUGUUGGGUGCGCUGACGAUACCACGACUACCUCUACCACCACAACGACUACUACCACCGUUUGUGUCUGCCACAAUGGCGAGCUUGAGACUUCGGGGUUCUGUGUUGGGCACGAGGCGGAAUACUGCAAGAGUUGCGACGAACAUUAUCGCCUGCGAAUGGACUGGCCCGAGACCGGUGAACAUGGAUGCCAUCCCAUUUGCGAGGGAGUUACUUGUCCGACGCCAAACCUCACGGACAGCGCAUACUACAUAAGCAGGCUGGGUGACACCUACUGCAUUGGCCUUUCCCAAUCAGAAGCUCUGCAGGAAGGCGUUUUUCCAGAGGCCAGCUGUCUUGCCGGCUGCUGCCAGCAA